AUGGAGAUUAUUCCUCCCCUUCAGUCUCCAGCUGAAGACUUCCGUUCCCCGCCCCGUUAUCCCCCCGCGAGAUCUGGCGUGGUGGUACGCGCCGUGACGCACACCGCAGGGCAUGAUGGGAAAGGUAGUCGGCCUUCCCAAAUCCCGCCCUCCGACGGAACCACUUCCGAGCCAGCCUCCUGCGCGGUGGGAGGGCUUUGGUGUUGCUGUCGGCACCGCGUAGCAGAUAUGGUUAUUUCAGAGACUAUGGAUAUACUGUUCAGAAUAAGAGGUGGCCUUGAUCUAGCUUUUCAGCUAGCUACUCCUAAUGAAAUUUUUAUCAAGAACGCAUUAAAACAUGUACUGAGUGACCUGUCAACCAAGCUUUCUUCCAAUGCCCUUGUGUUCAGAAUUUGCCACAGUUCAGUGUACAUAUGGCCUAACAGUGACAUGAACACCAUUCCAGGAGAGCUGACAGAUAGCUCUGCCUGUAAGAACAUAAUGCGCUUUAUUCAAUUUGAAUCGGAAGAAGGUACAAAACGAAAAUUCAUGAAGAAGAAAGAUAAAAAGUUACCAGAUACGCAUCAAAUAGUAAAUAUAGAUCUGAUGCUGGAAGUGUCGACCCCUCUGGCAGCUGUAACGCCCAUUAUUGAAAGAGAAAGCGGAGGACACCACUAUGUUAGUAUGACUUUACCAGUUGAUGCAGUUUUAUCUGUUGCUCCAGAAGAAACGUGGGGAAAAGUUCGUAAACUUCUGGUCGAUGCAAUUCAUAAUCAACUAACUGAUAUGGAAAAAUGCAUUUUGAAAUACAUGAAAGGAACAUCUAUUGUGGUUCCUGAGCCACUGCACUUUUUAUUACCAGGUGAAAGAAAUCUUGUAACAAUUUCAUAUCCAUCAGGAAUUCCAGAUGGUCAGCUGCAGGCCUAUAGAAAGGAGUUACACGAUUUCUUCAAUCUGCCUCAUGACAGACCUUAUUUCAAAAGGUCUAAUGCUUAUCAUUUUCCAGAUGAACCAUACAAAGAUGGUUACAUUAGAAAUCCACAUGCUUAUCUCAAUCCACCUAACAUAGAGACUGGUAUGGUUUAUGUGGUCCAGGGCACAUACGGUUACCAUCAUUAUAUGCAGGAUCGAAUAGAUGACAAUGGCUGGGGCUGUGCUUAUCGGUCUCUGCAGACUAUCUGCUCCUGGUUCAAACACCAGGGAUACACAGAGAGAUCCAUUCCAACACACAGAGAAAUCCAGCAGGCUCUAGUUGAUGCUGGGGACAAACCAGCAACCUUUGUCGGAUCACGGCAGUGGAUUGGAUCUAUCGAGGUACAGCUGGUGCUAAACCAUUUGAUUGGUGUAACUUCAAAAAUACUGUUUGUCAGCCAAGGUUCUGAAAUGGCCUCUCAGGGACGAGAACUGGCUAAUCAUUUCCAGAGUGAAGGAACUCCAAUAAUGAUUGGGGGAGGAGUUUUGGCUCACACAAUACUAGGAGUUGCAUGGAAUGAAAUUACAGGACAGAUAAAAUUUCUGAUUUUAGAUCCACAUUAUACAGGUGCUGAAGAUCUGCAGGUUAUUUUGGAAAAGGGCUGGUGUGGAUGGAAGGGCCCAGAGUUUUGGAACAAGGAUGCUUACUAUAACUUAUGUCUCCCUCAGCGACCAAAUACUAUUUAA